CAUGUGCAAACAAAACAUUUUUCUGCUGUACAUUCAUGAAUUUGUUCCUAAAGACAUAGCUCUGUGAUAUUUAAAGUGAUUUAAAUAUUCAAAAAGAUCUGAUAGAUUUAGCAACAUUGUUGCAUGUUUGUAUGAAUGUCAGUGCUAUUAGUUUACCUGUGUCGGUGGGAUUAUUAAUUAUUAAUAAUGUUGUGGACGAUAACGAUAUACGCGAAGCAAAUCCUCAUUGCGCUUGUCGCAUGUUUGGGCCAGAUAAUGUUCGGGUACGCAGCAGGCUGGCCAUCACCAGUCAUCUCCAAGCUAAAUGACCCUGAGCAGUUCCCCCAAACACCGAGUCUAUCACAGACGAACUGGAUCGUUUCUAUACUUUUAAUUGGGAGCUUUGUAGGCACAGUUGUAUCAGGCCCUCUGUCCAAUGUGGUGGGUCGGAAGCCGUGCCUCAUCAUGGGAGCGGCGACAGGGGUGGUAUCGUUCCUCUUACUGGCGCUGAUCAAGAAUCCAGGGGCUGUGAUCGCCUUUAGAUUCAUAUUGGGCGCUGGCAUCAGUGUGGUGUUCGGAAUCAACUUGGUGUAUAUUGGGGAGAUCGCGGCAACAGAAGUCCGGGGCAUGCUGCUAGGAUGCACAGGGAUAUUCAACAGCCUGGGUUUCUUAUUAGUCUACUCUGUGGGCACCUAUGUCUCUUACGAGAUGGUCAACUACAUAGGAAUGAUCGUGGGAGCUGUUUUUAUAUGCGGUAUAUUUUUUAUGCCAGAGACACCUAUAUUCCAUAUUAUAAAGGACAGGGAAGAUGAUGCCAGAUCAACAUUUCUGGCUCUAAACAGGAAAGAAGAUGCGGAGAAAAUAUCAGAAAUGAAAAUGGAAUUAGAAGAGAACAGAAAGUCGAACCCAUGGAAGACGCUGCUCCAAGUGAAGUGCAACAGAAAGGCGCUUAUCUUAACGUCUUUUCUGUACCUUUUGCAGCAGACGGCUGGUGUCAGCGCUAUGUUGACUUACACUACAUUGAUCUUCGAAAUUGCAGGGUCAUCAAUCACUCCGUACAUAGCCACGAUCAUCGUGGGAGCAGUCAACGUGAUGUCAGGGUGCAUAACGCCGUUGUUCGUAGAGAGGUUUGGAAGACGACCGCUGCUGCUUACCUCUACGUUUGUAUGCGGGCUGGCCUUGAUGAUCCUGUCAGUCUACAUAUACCUGUAUAACAUCGAAAACCCAGUGGCCCUCGACAUCAGAUGGCUGCCGUUACCAGUUUUUAUCAUAUACUGCAUAUCAAAUAGUUUUGGGUUCCUAGUGCUUCCAGGCGCGUUAGUAGGAGAGAUGUUCCAACUCAACGUUCGUGGAGUAGGAUCAUCUAUAGCCGUUUGCGUCUGCUGGCUCGCAGGGUUCAGCACAGUCACUGCGUUCGCCUACAUCAUAGCUGGAACAGGCACCCAUGUAGCUUUUGCCAUCUUCAGCGCAUCUUGCGGCAUAGCGUUCCUCUUCACGCUAAUCUGCAUACCAGAAACCAAAGGGAAGAGCCUUAUUGAAGUCCAGAAAAUGCUAAGUUAGGUUUAGAUUGUAAAGGAUUUAUGAGAUUAUUUAAUUUUCUUUUUACUGUGAUGUGUAAAUAAAGGGAACAACCACUUUUUUACUUGUUA